CUGUUACCCCGAGAAAGCCCCUCCCCACGGGCGGAGACGGCGCCUAGGAGUCGCCGCCCCGGCCCCACCGCUCGGCCAGUACCCCGAGGCCACGGCCGCAACGCUAAGUUCUCCAGCAGGCUCUCGUGGAGCAUGGGGUACUGAUGGCCAUGGAGGGCUACCGGGGCUUCCUGGGGCUGCUGGUGUCCGCGCUGCUCGUGGGCUUCCUGUCGGUGCUCUUCGUGCUCAUCUGGGUCCUGCACUUCCGAGAGGGGCUUGGCUGGGACGGCGGCGCGCUCGAGUUUAACUGGCACCCGGUGCUGGCGGUGACCGGCUUCGUCUUCAUCCAGGGCAUAGCCAUCAUCGUGUACAGACUGCCAUGGACCUGGAAGUGCAGCAAGCUCUUGAUGAAAUCCAUCCACGCAGGGUUAAAUGCUGUGGCUGCCAUCCUCGCCAUCAUCUCCGUGGUGGCCGUGUUUGAGUACCACGAUGUCCGAAAAAUCCCCCACAUGUACAGUCUGCACAGCUGGGUUGCACUGCCAGCCCUCAUACUCUAUAUCCUACAGCUUGUUGUAGGCUUUUUCAUCUUUCUGCUUCCAUGGGCUCCACCGUCUCUCCGGGCAAUCGUCAUGCCCAUACAUGUGUACUCCGGACUCCUCCUCUUUGGAACGGUGAUUGCAACGGUCCUCAUGGGAGUGACGGAAAAGCUGUUCUUUGCCCUGAAAAAUCCUUCAUACCACUCAUUCCCACCAGAAGGUGUUUUUACAAAUACCCUGGGCCUCCUGAUUUUGGUAUUUGGAGCGCUUAUCUUUUGGAUUGUCACCAGGCCACAGUGGAAACGCCCUAGGGAACCAGGCUCUAUCCCUCUUCAGCAAAAUGGAGGCAACGCAGAUGGAAUGGAAGGUGCCAUAGCAAUAAGCUCCGCCCACAAUAUGGAUGCAGCAGAUGCAGAGUUAAGCAGUGAGGGAGCAGCCCGGAAAAGAACCCUCAGCCUUGCUGACACUGGCCAGAGGUCCACCAUGUGAAAUGUUGAUGCAGCCUCGUAACUUCUCUUCCAAAGUCAGCCCUACAGUUUAGUUUCUCCUAUCUAGCCAUAGGUGACUUGGGUUCAUAGGCCAAUGUAUAUUGUGGUCACCAAGGAGGAUCUCCUGAGAGUAAUUGUGUUGACUGAGGCCUGUGAACUUACCAAAUGUCAAAAGGACAUGCUCAAUAUAAA